AUAUGUGUUCCCCCACCUGGAAAACACAUAUCCCUUGUGAUAUGUGUUCCCCGACCUGGGAAACACAUAUCCCUAGUGAUAUGUGUUCCCCCACCUGGGAAACACAUAUCCCUAGAAAUAUGUGUUCCCCUACGUGGGAAACACAUAUCCCUAGUCAAAUGUGUUCCCCCACCUGGGAAACACAUCCUUAGAGAUAUGUGUUCCCCCACCUGGGAAACAUAUAUCCCUAGUGAUAUGUGAUAUUCUAGAACGAAACAACGCCUUUCUAAGCUAUAAAAACAAGAUCUUCGAAAAGUCGAAAAAUUGACAUUUUUCCAAAGGGGUUAACCCAUGGUUUUGGUCCAAAAAUGGCCAUUUUACCAACUUUUUUUUUUUAGGCAAUAUAGGCCAGGAAAAUGUCUUUAACGAUAUUCCAGAACGAUAUUCUAUUCCCCCACCUGGGAAACACAUAUCCCUAGUGAUAUGUGUUCCCCCACCUGGGAAACACAUAUCCCUAGUGAUAUGUGUUCCCCCACCUGAGAAACACAUAUCCCUAGUGAUAUGUGUUUCCCCACCUGGGAAACACUUAUCCCUAGUGAUAUGUGUUCCCCCACCUGGGAAACACAUAUCCCUAGUGAUAUGUGUUCCCCCACCUGGGAAACACAUAUCCCUAGUGAUAUGUGUUCCCCCACCUGGGAAACACAUAUCCCUAGUGAUAUGUGUUCCCCCACCUGGGAAACACAUAUCCCUAGUGAUAUGUGUUCCCCCACCUGGGAAACACAUAUCCCUAGUGAUAUGUGUUCCCCCACCUGGGAAACACAUAUCCCUAGUGAUAUGUGUUCCCCCACCUGGGAAACACAUAUCCCUAGUGAUAUGUGUUCCCCCACCUGGGAAACACAUAUCCCUAGUGAUAUGUGUUCCCCCACCUGGGAAACACAUAUCCCUAGUGAUAUGUGUUCCCCCACCUGGGAAACACAUAUCCCUAGUGAUAUGUGUUCCCCCACCUGGGAAACACAUAUCCCUAGUGAUAUGUGUUCCCCCACCUGGGAAACACAUAUCCCUAGUGAUAUGUGUUCCCCCACCUGGGAAACACAUAUCCCUAGUGAUAUGUGUUCCCCCACCUGGGAAACACAUAUCCCUAGUGAUAUGUGUUCCCCCACCUGGGAAACACAUAUCCCUAGUGAUAUGUGUUCCCCCACCUGGGAAACACAUAUCCCUAGUGAUAUGUGUUCCCCCACCUGGGAAACACAUAUCCCUAGUGAUAUGUGUUCCCCCACCUGGGAAACACAUAUCCCUAGUGAUAUGUGUUCCCCCACCUGGGAAACACAUAUCCCUAGUGAUAUGUGUUCCCCCACCUGGGAAACACAUAUCCCUAGUGAUAUGUGAACCCCCACUUGGAAAACACAUAUCCCUGGUGAUAUGUGUUCCCCCACGAGGGAAACACAUAUCCCUAGUGAUAUGUGUUUCCCCACCUGGGAAACACUUAUCCCUA